AUGUUUAUACUGACACGUAAUUUGAGGUUUAAACAGAAUCUAAGAGGUAUAUUGUCAAGGAUAAAGAUGCAACCUACAAAGAGAGGCAUAACAGAGGUAUCGAAUUUUGAUAAGUUGCUACAGGAAGAAGUUAAACAGGCAAAAAAGAUACAAACAGAAAAACUGAAAAGGAGGAAGUUAGAAGAUACCAAUGAACUUAUUAAGAGAAAGGGAGUAAGGACACUUCGUGACGAAAAAGGUUUCAAACUUAGGGUUAUUGAGUCUAAUAAGAAUGGAAAGAAAAAGAAACAAGAAGAUCCAGAAUAUGAAGUUUCAAUCGAAGGUGAUCUAAGGAUCGUUAAACCAUAUUAUUUUACUUAUAAAACGUUUUGCAAACAAAGAUGGAGAGAACGAAAAUUGUUUGAUAUUUUUGUAACUGAAUUUCGAGACAGAAAAGAAUCUUAUUAUAAAAAAUGUAUUGAGGAAGGAUUUGUUUACAUUAACGAUCAGGUAGCUAAUAUGGAUACCAUUGUACAUGAUGGAAAUUUAAUUACCCACAAGAUCCACAGACACGAACCACCUGUAAUGGCAACGCCCAUAAAGGUUAUUCGUGAAGAUGAUGAUAUUUUAGUGAUUGAUAAACCAAGUGGUGUUCCUGUGCAUCCAACUGGGAGAAAUAGGUUCAACAGUAUUACAAAAAUCCUAGAACGACAACUAGGAUAUACAGUUCAUCCUUGUAAUCGUUUGGAUAAGUUGACAAGCGGUUUAAUGUUCUUAGCCAAAACACCAAAAGGUGCUGAUGUAAUUGGAGAUCAAUUGAAAGCUAGAGAAGUCAGUAAGGAAUACAUCGCUAGAGUAGCAGGUGAAUUCCCAUGUGAGAAAAUUAUAGUUGAAAAUCCAUUAAGAACGUAUGAUCCGAGAGUUGCUCUAAAUAAGGUUUGUGAUAUUAGUGAAGAUGGUGCCAAACAUUCCAAGACUGUGUUUCAACGCAUUAGUUUUGAUGGACAAACAAGUAUUGUAAAGUGUAAACCACUAACAGGAAGACAACAUCAAAUACGUGUUCAUUUACAAUACCUCGGUUUUCCAAUCGCUAAUGAUCCAAUUUAUUCAAAUGUUUCUAUUUGGGGCCCAACUUUAGGUAAGGGUGGUAAGGCAAACUUUAAUGAAGUUAGUGAAAGACUUCAUGAGAUUGGAAAAACAAAGAGUGUACAGAGUUGGUUCUAUCGUGAUAUUAAAGGGGAGAUGCUACUUGAAGAUAAAUGCCCAGAAUGUGAUACCGAAUUAUGUUCGAAGCCAGAUCCUGCCGAAUUAAUUCUAUGGCUCCACGCAUUCAAAUACGCGACAAAGCCUGGUCUUGAUUCGGCGGCUGAUACUGACGAAAAUAACACUAAAAUCUGGAGUUAUCAAACUCAAUAUCCUGAAUGGGCUCUGAGAGGACAUCGCAAGUUUAUUAAACAAUUACAAACUUCGGCUGAUAAUUGCACGUUGUUAGUGCAUAAUGAUGAGAUAUUAUCCAGAUCGUUAACCAAAUCAGAUUCGCUAGAGGCCAACCCAAUUGAUAACAUGAUAAAAGAUUUGAAUAAAGCUGGGAACGAAACUCUACCCGAAGGCUGUACUAUAUAUACUACAUCUGUAGAUCCGAUCAUAUUGAGUAAAACGUUGCAAAAUUACCAGUCAAAAAUUGGCGCAAUUGUUGUAAAAACUGAGAAAUAUCAAGAAACACUAAUUCCAGACUGUUCUGAAAAGUUACUGGGAAUCUCAAACAAAAUCAUACAAGUCCCAGAUCUUGUCCAUUAG